AUGGCCUGCCAAUCUCAAAGGAAGGAUGCGCUCUCGUGCGGGGUAAGCCCGCGGAAGCGUUGGAAGUUCCUCCUGCGGUUUGUCGGCCGCAGGUCUAAGCAACGGGAUGCCUCAAUGGAAUCAAGCUCAGAUCCCAGGAAUCGGCUCAGCCGCCUCCGCCUCAGGCGUACCCGACUGCGUAUGCACCGUAUGCAAGCGCGCACGCCUCGUUUGCCUCCGCUGGCCAAAGAAGUUGUGGAGACCUUUGAACCUCCACCGCUGCCUUGUGGGGACUACAUGCUGCAUCUCCAUAUGGAGGAGUCCAGAUUGGGCCUCGAGGACUUGCACUCCCAGCUGCGAAACAAAGCAGGGCAGCAGGUGGCCUCUCUGAGAGGUGUCUACAUAUUUCGCGGGGGUGACAAUUCCUUUCUGCAAUUGUGUGGCUGCACCUCGGCCCCAGAACCCUUGCGAAAGUUGGCCCCCGUUCUCUUCAAUGAAUUUGGCCGGCCAUUAGACGCUUUAAAGCAGCUCUGUGGUAUUCGAGCGCGUACGGCAGGCUUCCUGUGGCUCUCCUCGGUACAGGCUCCUAACCUGGACUCUGCCGUGAAAAAGGAGUUCACCCAAAAGGUCUUCGCAUGCCUUGGGGGAGCCAUGAAGCGGCUGAGCCUGGUGAUGUGCUCAUUCCAAGCAGACCUGGCCGAGUUUGGCUUUCAAUCUGCGGAGAUGGCGGGAACUCAUCUUUGUUUGUGGGAUAAGAGCAAAGAUGGUGCGCAGCCCGCUGUGACCGAUUCCACCGCUGUUGCCGCAUCGAUUUCACAGUCUGCUGGCGGUGAAGCGACGGACGAAGCGGGCACUGCUGCAGGCAUGUCACGGCUGGAGAGCACUUUCGGUGCCCUCCAAAAAUCAACUGAAAAUGAGCAGGCGGUUCCGGCAGAUCCUACAAAGAGUCCAGCGGUCAGGCCCACCACGGAGGCCGAGCGCGAGGCCGAGAGCGAGGCCGAGAGUGAGGCUGAGGCGCCAAAGGCUGAAGAUGUGCCGGCGCCGGCUUUUCGAACCAACUUCCGAAGUCGGUGGAAGGCCAAGGCCACUCCUCUCCCAGCCGAGGCGACCCAAAGUGCGACGCAGGACAUGGCGAGGAAUGCGAGGAACGCGAGGAAUGCGAGGAAUGCGAGGAAUCCUUUGCAUCCGAAGCCUACUACUCCCGCUUGCUUCAACGUUUCUGACAAGGAAGGCGGUGAUGGCAUUAGUAAAAGUACAGUAAUUGCAGACUGCAAGGAUCCCAAAGUCGACGUGGCGACAAGGACUGCCGAGAAGGCCAAGACAAACUUGACCUUACAGGCUGACAAGGCUGAUUCCACUCCUGACAAAUCCGUGGCCAGCAAGGCUGAGGACAAGGAGAACAAGCGCAUCGCCAGGAAGAGUAGUCUUGGCAUCAACGGCAAGCUUGCGGGCAGCGCUGCCACGGGCACACCUGGCACAUCUGGCACACCUGGCACACCUGGCACAUCUGGCACAGUCGCGCAGAAGAGGAAGCUAAGCAUGAUUCCGCCACCUGUGCCACUGCGUAGGAGGUGCGACCCGGUGAUCCCUCAAAGCGUAAGUCUCCCGUUCAGUGGAUUCAGUGCGAAAGCUGGCCCAGCUUGGUGGAGUCCGCGAGUCCAGUUGGGACUGACGUAUGCAGCGAGCUUCGGCGCCGCGCUGUUGUUGCUGCAGGCUGAAGAGUUUGAGAAUGGUCGUCCGGGCAGAGUCUUUUGGGGCUUCAGGCACUUGCCACACAGCAUUCAGGAGCAGGGCGCCUUCAAGUCCUUCUUAAGAGGAAUGGCCGAAGUUGCUCGGAUCGUCCUCGCAGUGAACAGUCAUGAGCCGCCGAUGGCCUGCUUGAUCAUGCAGGUGAUGUCUCCGCUUAGUUCCGUGCGAAGGAAACUUGGCAUCGAGGAGCAACAUAGGCACAGUCUGAGCCACUUCUUUGGGAAGGGGGGCCAAGCUGAGCACGUGUUGAGAGCGAUAGUGGAUGAGGCUGAGGCUUUUUGUGAAUGUGCAGAUGCCUUCGACAGCACCCAGGAGGUGUCACAAAGUGACUGGGCUUCCUGUUACAGGUCGCUACCGCAAACCGAAGUGGACAGACAGUUUGACUCUCUCAGGGAGAGGCUUUGUGGAGUUGCGGGGAAAUCGUGA